CCCACUUCCGGUCCUUCCCAUUUUCCUUCCGGCAGAAAAAUCGGUGGUGCGGUACGGUAGAGUGUUUUAGUUCCCGUCAGGGUCGGCCUCGUCGGAGGCAGUGAAGCUCCAGGGGCUGGGGCCGCGCGCCCCCAGGGCGGCGCCCUCACUCAGCCAUGGCCAGGAAUGCAGAAAAGGCCAUGACGGCCUUAGCAAGAUUUCGCCAAGCUCAACUGGAAGAGGGAAAAGUGAAGGAACGAAGACCCUUUCUUGCCUCAGAAUGUACUGAGCUGCCCAAAGCUGAGAAGUGGAGACGACAAAUCAUUGGAGAGAUCUCUAAAAAAGUGGCUCAAAUUCAGAAUGCUGGUUUAGGUGAAUUCCGAAUUCGUGACCUGAAUGAUGAAAUUAACAAACUGCUAAGAGAGAAAGGACACUGGGAAGUCCGGAUAAAGGAGCUGGGCGGUCCCGAUUAUGGAAAAGUUGGCCCUAAAAUGCUGGAUCAUGAAGGGAAAGAAGUCCCAGGAAAUCGAGGUUACAAAUACUUUGGAGCUGCUAAAGAUUUGCCUGGUGUCAGAGAGCUUUUUGAAAAAGAACCUCUUCCUCCUCCAAGAAAGACACGUGCCGAGCUCAUGAAAGCGAUCGAUUUUGAAUACUACGGUUACCUCGAUGAAGAUGAUGGUGUCAUCGUGCCUUUGGAACAGGAAUAUGAAAAGAAAUUCAGGGCUGGAUUGGUUGAAAAGUGGAAAGCAGAGAGAGAGGCCCGGCUGGCAAGAGGAGAAAAGGAGGAGGAGGAGGAAGAGGAGGAAGAGAUCAACAUAUAUGCUGUCACUGAGGAGGAGUCUGACGAGGAAGGCAGCCAGGAGAAAGGAGGUGAAGACGGGCAGCAGAAGUUCAUUGCCCACGUCCCAGUGCCGUCCCAGCAAGAGAUCGAGGAGGCACUCGUGCGGAGGAAGAAGAUGGAACUCCUCCAGAAGUAUGCUAGUGAGACCCUGCAGGCCCAGAGUGAAGAGGCCAGAAGACUGCUGGGCUAUUAGGGCUAAGCUGAGACCUGCUCAGGGUCUGGAAAUCUGCUGGGAGACCAUCCUCCCCUGCUGGCCUUUGGUGAGCCCACCAGAUGCUGCUGUCCUGGGAUUGCAGACAGGCUGGCUAGGGCCGCGAGUCCUCCUGCUACGUCCCCUACCUUUUCUACCCCCUCUCCUGAUCCGAAGGGAGGGGCUGCCUGUGCCCCUCUGGCAGGCCGUCUUCGUGCUGAACCCUUCAGCUGUCACUUUUGUACAAUGUUUUGCUAUGGUAGGAGCCCACUUGUUUUUAUCUGGAGUGUGUAAAGCAGACCGCUCAUGGGCUGCCUGUGUUUCACUCGGCUUUCUACUGUCGUUUGCUGGGGAGGGAGGGAGUCAGUUUAUGACUACAAUUAAAAAGAUGCAGUUUUUCCUAAAAAGACAUAUUGCUACCUCCUCUUGAAAAACGAGAAAGUUUGUCAUCUCAGCCCACAGUCCCACGUGUCAGCCGCCAGCCAGAGCCAUUCCUUUUGGGUCGGGUACUGCUCCCAGUUCUCCGUGGUCUACUCAGCCUGCCUCAUUCCCUCCUGCCCAGGUGGCAGGAAUUUGUUUGUUACUUCUGUCUUAUGACUCCUUCUGAAGAGAGCUAUUUUUAUUAAAGAUUUUUAUAUGAAAGGGCAA